AUGAAUAUUGUGAUGGACGUUGUCUUCUAUGAGUACUCUUUUCCUUAUCACGAUCUCACCUCGCCUUUGGUACCUUUUGCCUUGCCGCUUUCUAUUGAUGAUCUGGAUCCUCUUGCCCCUAUCAACGACCCUGUCUGUCCUCCUGCUACGAUCACUCCUUCCUCUGAUCCUCCUAUGUCACCCCUGUCCCACUUCGUCAUUCACAACGACCUCACAUUAGGCCUUCCUGAUUGGUCCAUUGAUCGCUAUAAAGCUCGUUUGGUGGCAAAGGGCUAUAAUCAGAUCGAGGGUGUCGAUUACUUUGACUCCUUUCCUCCAGUUGCUAAGGCUACUAUUGUCCGUAUCUUUCUCGCGUUGGCAGCCUCCAACUCUUGGCCCCUAUUAAAACUUGACAUUUACAAUGUCUUCCUCCACGGUUUUCUAGAGGAAGAUGUUUAUAUGGAUCCCCCUGAAGGCCUUCUUGGCGUUCCCGCUGGGCAAUCCAGCCAUGAACACUGUCCCUUUAUUAAGCGCACUUCCAGGGACUUUACUGCCUUGUUGGUUUAUGUCGACGACAUCCUCCUCACUAGGUCGUCUUUCUCUGCUCUGGACUUUGUCAAGUCCUAUAUUGAUCAUUUGUCCACCAUCAAAGAUCUUGGCACAGUUAAGUACUUUCUUGGGCUCGAACUCGCCCGUUCCUAUCAUGGUUUACAAGUCACCCAACGAAAAUACUUGCAGGAUAUUCUGGCUGACACCUCGAUGCUUGAUGCCAAACCUGCCUCUACCCCGUUGCCACCAGGUCUCAAGUUAGUGCCGGAUGAUGGUUCUCUACUCCCUGAUCCAGAUCGCUUUCGGUGUCUCGUUGGUCCCCUUUUUUAUUUCGGUUUUACUCGUCCAGACAUUUCCUUUGUUGUCCAACAACCCAGUCAAUUCAUCCAAGCACCUCGCUCUUCUCACUGGGAUGAUGCCCUUCACGUCCUUCGUUAUUUGAAGGGAUCGUCAUCCACUGGUAUGUUCUUUUCCUCUACUAGUUCCUCAACUCUCAGUGCCUACUCUGAUGCAUCUUGGGCCUUUUGCCCUGACUCUCGCCGUUCCAUUACUGGGUUCUGUGUUUUCCUUGGGUUAUCCCUUAUCUCCUAG